AAGUCCAUCGAUUCUUCCUCACAUGUCGAACAUGCGGCAUACUUAUGUGAGGCUAUUGAGGAAGUUAUAGAUGAGGUGGGGGAAGAAAAUGUGGUGAAAGUGGUGAUGGAUAAUGCAACAAGUUAUGUUGCUGCAGGAAAACUUUUGAUGGAGAGGCACCCAAAAAUCUUUUGGUCUACAUGUGCGGCCCAUUGCCUUGACCUCAUGCUGGAGGAUGUAUGCAAAUUUAUUUACAAUCAUGCAUUGGUCCUUAGCAUUAUGAGGCAAUACACGGGGGAAAGGGAGUUGGCUCGUCCUGGUAUAACGAGAUUUGCCUCAAAUUUCCUCACAUUGAAAUCCUUGUUAAAAUCAAAGGCAUCUUUGAGGCGCAUGUUUGUUGGUGAGGAGUGGACUUCCUCAUCCUAUGCUACGACCACUGCAGGGAUGGAUGUAGCAGAUUGCAUUUUUGAUGAGCCAGGUUUUUGGACCCCUUGUGCAGAGAUCGUGUAGGUAAUUUUAUAAAUUUAUAUGCAUAUUUUUGUUUUGUUUGCAUUGUGCAACUUUGCAAUUUUUCUUAUUUUCAUGCACACUUGUAGUUCUCCUAUGAGUUGUUGAUGGGGAGAAGCCCACUAUGGGCUACAUAUAUGAGGGCAUGGAUAGGGCCAAGGAGGCCAUUAGAUCUAUAUAUGCUGGAGUUGAGGAUAAGUAUAGGCCCAUUUGGGACAUAAUUGAUAGAAGAUGGCAUAACCAACUUCAUAGGCCCAUCCAUGCAACAACUUAUUACCUCAAUCCAUCAUUUCGUUUCCGUGCUGAUUUCAAAGCGGAUGAGGAGGUUCUUAGCGGGCUAUAUUCAGUAGUACAACAGAUGGGCACUGAUACCACAACUACAUUGCUCGAGAUGGAUGCAUUUAAUAAUGCAGUAGGGGCGAUCUUUGCCAGCCAAUUGUGCAAAGAGGGUCGGACAAAAUUGCAGCCAGAUAGAUGGUGGCAAAUGUUUGGGCCUUCAACCCCAAACCUUCAAAAAAUUGCCAUUCGCAAAUUGAGAUAGCCAUGCAACGCUUUUGGAUGUGAGCGCAACUGGAGCAUGUUCGAGCACAUCCACUCAAAGAGGCGAAAUAGAUUGUCUGUGGAGAGGUUGAAUGAUCUAGUCUUUGUUCAUUACAACCUCCGUCUCAGGACCAAACAGAUUUUGGACAUUGACUCCUCUUUUGGAUCACUCUAGAGGAAGUCGACCCCGAGUCCGAUUGGCUCACUGAGUCCACUGAUCCAGUCUUCACUAAUGAGGACCUUGAGUGGGUUGACCAGGCAGACAGAGAGGCUAAGGCUGUGGCUAUGGCAGAGGAGGAGGAUAGAGCACGAUCAGGCACAACACCUAUGGCUACUCAGACUGGCACAUCACAGGCAGAGACUGUGGCUACUCAGUCAUCCAGGACCUACCUUAGAUGAGGCUUGAGCCAGAGCCUGAGCCAUAGAGUUGUUUUUGUUUACACUUUACAGUUAGAUAUAU